ACUAGUCGCUAAUCUCCUAGUGCUCCUCAAUUUGUUUUCUCCUACGGACACAUCGGAGAAUCGAUCCUAGGCUGGUUCGGCUCUCCUAGUGCUCCUUAAUUUGUUUUAUCCCACGAUUUAACAGGUCGUGGAUUAAAACUACUCUCCUCUCCUCUCUAGCUCUAUCUUGCUAGCCUAGCUUAUCUGAGCUAUGGCUAGCCCUCUGCCUUCUUCCUCCCGUCUUUUCUGCUCAGUGUGCUGUAUGUAUAGCGAGCACCCUGGCUCCUUCGUCGAGGACAGUAGUAGCUGUAGGAAGUGUAGCUUAGUCUCAGGGUUGGAGACCAGGGUUUUUGAGCUAGAAGCACGGCUCUGCACUCUAGAGACGAAAGCUAGUCCUAGCUAUAGCCAGGUAGUGGCAGGGCCCGCAGGUCGUGCUUGCAGUAGUAGGAUUGCUAGCGCAGGUAGCCCCCCAGCGAGCCCCGUGCAGCCGGGGGAAAUUAAGGACGGAUUUGUGACUGUACGGGGGAAGCGCAGUGGUAAACGCACAACCUUAGUGCACCAGCAGCUUCACGUCAGCAAUAGGUUUGCCCCCCUCAGCGACACACCGGCUGAACCAGACACUCUCGUAAUUGGAAGCUCCAUAGUUAGAGACGUGAAGCACCCGGCGGUGUCUGUCAGGUGUUACCCAGGGGCCAGAGUCGGUGACAUCGAAGGAAACCUCAGGCUCUUAAAGCAGAGUAGGAAGAGGUUCCGCCGUAUCGUGAUUCACGCAGGCGGUAACGACGCCCGGCGGAGACAGUCUGAGGUGCUUAAAUUAAACGUAGCCUCGGUGUGUGAACUUGCUAAGUCGAUGGCGGACACCGUAGUUUUCUCUGGUCCUCUGCCUAAUUUGGUCAAUGAUGAGAUGUACUCUAGAUUCUCAUCAUUUAACCGCUGGUUGUCUAGAUGGUGCCCAGAAAACGAUAUAGUCUUUGUUGAUAACUGGCACGCGUUUUGGGGCAAGCCCGGGCUCAUGCGCCGAGACGGCAUUCAUCCGACUUGGGACGGUGCUGCUCUCUUAACUCGAAAUUUGGCCGCCAAACUAAGUCUCCCAAAGUGACACUUCAGAGUGGGGGCCCGGGCGCAGUGUUGUAGUGUAAAACACAACUCUGUCAGUAGUGACCACUCGCCUCUUUCCGAGCUGUCACAAAUCCAAAAUUCAGGACAGAAGAUAGAGACUGUGUCCGUGCCUCGUAUAGUGAACAGGGGAAAACAGAGUACUAUAGGAACGAGACCAAAGAAUUUAAUACAUAUAGUCCCUGAUAGCAGUGAAAAUAAAAUAGCUCGUAAUAAUAAAUAUAUAAGAUGCGGAUUAUUAAACAUCAGGUCAAUCUCGCCCAAAUCUCUGUUAGUUAAUGACUUAAUUGGGGAUUAUAAUAUUCAUAUUUUGGCCCUGACUGAAACUUGGCUUCAGCAGGAUGACUUUGUUAGACUUAAUGAAUCCACACCCCCAAGUCACGUGAAUUUUCACACAGCUAGAAGCACGGGCCGUGGAGGGGGGGUGGCAGUAAUAUCACACUCUUGUUUAGGUAUGAGCCCAAAAAGUAAAGCUAAUCACAUUUAUAAAUCCUUUGAAAGUCUAGCACUAUCAAUUAUAGACGCUAACUGGAAGAACCAAAAACCAAUUCUUUUCAUAGUGGUUUACCGUCCCCCUGGUCCCUACUCACAGUUUUUGUUAGAUUUCUCUGACUUUUUAUCUAGUACUUUGCUAAGCUGGGAUAGAAUUAUAAUUGUAGGGGAUUUUAAUAUACAUGUUGACGAUGAAGGUGACUCCCUUGGUAAGGCCUUUAAUGACCUACUAGAUGGGACUGGCUUCAUUCAAAAUGUAAAUAAACCAACUCAUAGUCACAAGCACACCCUGGACUUGAUUUUAACAUACGGUACAGAGAUUAGUGACCUUAGUGUCCAUCCCCACAACCCCGUACUGUCUGAUCAUUUUCUAAUUACCUUUCAGUUUGUGCUUCAAGAUAAUCCGCCACUAGUGACCAGAACUCAGAUGAAAAGGACAUUAGGUGAUCACUCUGUUUCAGAGUAUAAACAGAUAAUUCAGCCUAUAUUUGCCUCCAUGACAUCUAAUUAUGAAGGAAUGAUGCCCGGCCUUGCUGUUAAUGACGAGUUUGUUGAUCGUGUUCUGUUUACGUUUCGUACCACCCUCGAUGUCGUCGCUCCCUCCAAAUUAAAGUUUGUCAAGCCGAGACGAGCCUCUCCCUGGUAUAAUGCUGAAACACGCUCUCUUAAACAAUCGACACGCAAAUUAGAAAGACUUUGGCGCCGUUCCAACACAGAGCACACCCUCUCUGCCUGGAAACGCAGCUUAGUGACAUAUAAGCAGGCCUUGCGUACGGCUAAAACCAGAUAUUACUCAUCCUUAAUAGAGGAAAACAAAAAUAAUCCUAGGUUUCUGUUCAGCACUGUAGCAAGGCUGACAAACAGUCACACCUCAAUAGAACCUUAUAUCCCAACCACCCUUAGCUGUGAUGACUUCCUAAAAUUUUUUAACAAUAAAAUCGCAACUAUUAGAAAUAAAAUAAAUGAAUCACUUCCAGUUAUUAGGUCUGAUAAAGUGCAGACAAAGAAUUCGGAAUCUCCUAUAAAACCCUCUAAAAUAUUAAAUAACUUUACCACUGUAGACCAAAUUGAUUUAAUUUCUAUUAUAAUGUCCUCCAAACCAUCAACGUGCCUCCUCGACCCAAUCCCAACCAAACUUUUUAAAGAGACCCUGCCUCUAACUAUUGACACUAUCUUAAAUAUAAUAAAUACCUCAUUAGUUACUGGCUACGUGCCGCAGUCCUUUAAAUAUGCAGUUAUUAAACCGCUCUUGAAAAAAUCUACUCUUGAUCCUGAUAUUUUGGCCAAUUAUAGACCUAUUUCUAACUUACCAUUUCUCUCCAAAGUCCUUGAAAGAGUGGUAAUUAAACAGCUCUGUCAGCACCUACAGGACAAUAGUUUAUUUGAACAGUUCCAGUCUGGCUUUCGAGCUCAUCAUAGCACUGAAACCGCAUUAGUUAAAGUAACUAAUGACUUGUUACUUGCCGCUGACGUUGGAUUAGUCUCGAUCCUGGUUCUGCUGGACCUGAGCGCAGCCUUUGACACAGUCGACCAUAAUAUCUUAUUGCAGAGAUUAGAAUGUGACAUAGGCAUUAGAGGAGCAGCCCUAUGCUGGUUUAAAUCAUAUUUAUCUAAUAGGUACCAGUUCGUCAAUGUAAACCAGCAAUCAUCAUCGUACUCUAGAGUUAGUUAUGGUGUGCCGCAAGGAUCUGUCCUCGGGCCCAUCUUGUUUACGCUGUAUAUGCUUCCUCUAGGUAAUAUCAUCAGAAAACAUAGCAUUAACUUUCACUGUUACGCUGACGACACACAACUGUAUUUAUCAAUUAAACCUGAGCAGGUCAGGCAAGUAGAAAAACUAAGCGCCUGCGUCCGAGAUAUAAAUACCUGGAUGAGCACUAACUAUCUUCUACUUAACCCUGAAAAGACAGAAGUCCUUAUAAUAGGCCCGAAAAGUGUUAGAAACUCUUUAUCUGCCCAGAUAGUCACUCUGGACAAUGUAAGUGUAGCCUCCAGCGCCACAGUUAAAAACCUAGGAGUUUUAUUUGACCCUGACUUAUCGUUUAAAGCACACAUUAAACAAACCUGUAGAACGGCUUUCUUUCACCUGCGCAACAUUGCCAAAAUUAGAAAUAUUUUAUCUAAAAGUGAUGCAGAAAAAUUAAUUCACGCGUUCGUUACAUCGAGAUUGGAUUACUGUAACUCCCUACUUGCAGCUUGUCCUAAAAACUCUCUAAAAGGUCUUCAGCUAGUCCAAAACGCAGCAGCAAGACUUUUAACAGGAACCAAUAGAAGAGAGCACAUCACCCCUGUGCUCCAGGCACUUCACUGGCUCCCAGUCGAGUUUAGAAUUAAAUUUAAAAUACUCCUUCUUACAUUUAAGACCAUUAAUGGGUUGGGGCCAUCUUAUCUCACCGAUGCUCUCGUCCCAUACCGCCCCAACAGAACACUCCGAUCUCAGAAUGCAGGUCUACUGGUAGUUCCCACGGUUUAUAAAAGUACUGUCGGAGCUAGAGCCUUUAGCCACCAAGCCCCUGUUUUAUGGAAUCAGCUUCCAGCUAGUAUUAAAGAAGCCGAGACAGUUUGCACAUUUAAGAUUAGAUUAAAAACGUUCCUAUUCGACAAAGCUUAUGGUUAGGCUAGUUGAAGUCGGAGUAGACUCACAGUUUAGUUUAAGCUGCACUAGAAGCUAUAAUGCUGGGGGCAGUACAGCCGCUGAGUUCUAUCUCCUUUUCUUACUCUACCUACUAUUUGUCUUACUUUAUUUCUAUUUUCCAUUGUUAAUAUCUAGUUGUCUAGUCUCUUCAUCACUAGUCACCCGGUGUCCCCUUUCCCCCCUCCCCUCUGGGGAGGGGCUAUUUUUCAGCUGCAGCCUCCUGACUAUCCGGACCCCUGGCUGGAUUGACGUCCUCGCUGCUACCCCCGUCUCAUCUGACCAGAGGGACCUCUUCUUGCUCCUUUACUCCACUGUAUUUUUACGGACUACAAUUUCGCUUGCUAAUUCCCAUUAGCCGUUCUGGGGUUCCUGUCUAUCCGUCCUGGGAGUGGAUCUCUCCUGACUGUGGUACUCCCCAAGGUUUCUCAUUUUUCUCCCAAUUGACUCUGGAGUUUUUGGAGUUUUUCCUUGCCGGCAUGGAGGGUCUUAGGAUAGGGGAUACCCAGGACUUGAACUGUAUCUAUUCAUCUUUGUUGCUUCAUUUCUAAUUGUGUAUCAUAUUGCCUCUGUAAAGCCCUUUGAGACCUCUGUUGUGAUUGUGGGCUAUACAAAUAAAAUUGAAUUGAAUUGAA